GUAGGGCAUUUGUUUGAGUCCAGUAAUCCUCUUUGUGAGGUUCUUCUGUGGCCUUUCCCGAUAGCAGGUGGGGCCGUGCACUAUUACAGAUGACGGAUGAUGUUUGUGAAACAUCAUUUUUACACCUUAUGUUUUAGCUUUCGUAUAACUGUCACAACGUCUGCAGUACACUAUAAUGUUGCACACAACUUCGCCCCAGUCAGUACUCAGACGAAGUACGUACUUGUUACUUUACGCAGGCUGACUAGUGCGACGCACCUUUUCAGUCAUAAUUAAGUGCGGAGUCGCCGGAAUAAAAAUACAAAAAAGUAACAAAUUAUACGGAAAGAGGAAAUUAUCACCUUCUAAAAGGAAGAAUAGUACACAACAGCCAUGUGCACAAAUGAUCCCCAAAUAAUGUAGAUUUUAAACCCAAAACAUAAACAAUACCACGUGCAUAUCACAAUCUAUACACAAGCAGACGAGUUCUAAUAAUAAGAACUAAGAAGUGAUCACGCCGUUACGUCAUAUUCCGGCCGAAACGAAGGAAGGCCCUCGACGGGUCCCUCUAUUAUUGUGUCCCACGCUUCAGGUAGACGUAUUGGUGCCUGAAAACACUAUAGAGAUUGGGGUUGAUAGGUGCUGAAUAAUAAUAAUAAUAUUAAUACCUUAUUUACUGUGACUGAAAAGCAUUUUCUAUUUAGCUGAUGCUAUAUAGCCACAUUUAUUGCAUGUAUUCCCGCACUAUCGCGUGUGCACACCUAAAAAGAGCUAAUAAUCGUUCUGUUUAAACAAUCUUGCAAAGUAAUCAAAGUGAGACAGAAGGAGAAGAGCUGAUCAAUAGCUCUUGUAACUGACAGCUGCGCUGUGCCACAAUUGUAUUACACUGUAUAGUAGGAGGUAUUGAACGUUCUACUGUAUACAUUGUUGGUCGGCCAGGGUUUUGUUAACGCCGGCCCGGCAGGUAUCGCCGUGGCUAUUUGGAGAUGCUGAAGAACCAUAUUUUGAAGAUUCUUUAUCAUAUACAUUUUAUGUCGCUGUGUUUUACGUUCAACUUGUAACAAUAUCCUGUUUUAAAGUACUGCUCUUGGCAGCCCGUCCCAGGUUGUCCUCUAUCCUCUCUAUUUUUAUGAACUUUAUGCUAUGUUUGGCUAUUCUGGCCAGUCCAAACUAUUUUGCAUUCAUCCAGGAAUUAAACUAUAGCGAAUGUGGUCUGCCGUGAUUAAUUUACUUUAGGGCUGGGCACCUUUUAUUCUAUUUGCGCAUUCCCAGCUAGUAACUUACAGGAUGUCCGAAGAUAAUAGUGACAAAAUAAUAAAGGAAGCACCCAUUUUGGAUGAAUAUACCAUUAUAUGGACUCAGAGACUUGGUGCAGGAAUCAGCGGUCCAGUUAGAGUAUGUGUAAAAAAGUCUACCCAGGAACGGUUUGCUUUGAAAAUUCUCUGUGAUCGUCCCAAAGCAAGAAAUGAGGUUCGACUACAUAUGAUAUGUGCAUCUCAUCAAAACAUUGUUAAGAUUCAUGAGGUAUAUGCCAACAGUGUGCAGUUCCCACAUGAAUCCAGCCCAAGACCUCGACUCCUAAUUGUAAUGGAGAUGAUGGAAGGAGGAGAACUUUUCCACAGAAUAAGUCAGCAUCGGCACUUUACAGAAAAACAGGCAAGCCAAGUUACAAAACAGAUAGCGCUUGCCUUGCAACACUGUCAUUCUUUAAAUGUUGCUCAUAGAGACCUUAAACCAGAGAACCUCCUCUUUAAGGAUAACUCCUUGGAUGCUCCUGUAAAGCUUUGUGAUUUUGGAUUUGCAAAACUUGACCAAGGUGAUUUGAUGACACCGCAGUUCACACCUUACUAUGUAGCACCUCAGGUUCUGGAGGCACAAAGGAGACAUCAGAAAGAAAAAUCUGGAAUAAUACCUACCUCACCUACUCCAUAUACAUAUAAUAAGAGCUGUGAUUUGUGGUCACUUGGCGUGAUUAUUUAUGUGAUGCUUUGUGGCUACCCGCCAUUUUACUCUAAACACCACAGCAAAACAAUACCGAAGGACAUGCGGAAGAAGAUUAUGACCGGAAGUUUUGAAUUUCCGGAGGAAGAAUGGAGUCAGAUUUCAGAGAUGGCUAAAGAUAUAGUAAGAAAGCUGCUGAAGGUGAAACCUGAAGAACGCUUGAGUAUUGAAGGAGUUUUGCUACAUCCAUGGUUAAACUGCACAGAGGCUCUAGAUAACGUUCUACCAUCAGCACAGAUGAUGAUGGACAAGGCAGUGGUUGUUGAGAUACAGCAAGCUCAUGCAGAACAACUUGCCACCAUGAGAAUCCAGGAUCUCAAAGUCAAUCUGAAACCCUUACAUUCUGUCAACAACCCAAUUCUACGGAAGCGGAAGUUUUUAGGCCCUAAAACCAGGGACUGUGCUUAUAUCAGUGACCCAGAGAAUGGAGUGGUGGAUUCAGAUAUUGGGCUGGAAAAACUUCGAGAUGUGAUUGCACAGUGCAUCUUGCCUCAGGACGGAGAAAAUGAAGAUGAAAAGCUGAAUGAGCUGAUGCAGGAAGCCUGGAACUACAAUAAAGACUGUCGAGCAUUAAGAGAUGCACUUCAAAGUCUUAGUUGGAAUGGAAGAGGAUUCACAGACAAGGUAGACCGGUUAAGACUAGCAGAAAUGGUGAAGCAAGUGAUUGAAGAACAGACAAACUCUCAAGAUUCACAAUAAAUCAAGCCUCAAAUGUUUAUUUCAUUUUUUACAGUUUGAGAGACAAUCUUAAAUAACUGUAAAAAGGUAAUUUUUAUGACAAAUGCAGUACUUGAUAAUUUUUUCAUGAAGGCUCGUAUACUGCUUGAAACUACUGUACAGCUUGUGCACAGAUUAUUGGUACUGUACUAUUUUUAUAUGAAAGGAAGUUAAACAGAGUAGUCACAUAGCUGUAAACUCUAUUCACCAAUAAAAGGGACACACAGAAAAAGUGUAAAAGUACAGGGCCUUUGAACAACUAUUGAAUUUCCUUAAAUAUAUUUACUGUGUGGACAUUAACAAAUGCCAGGUAGCAGUUGUUAGUUCACAUGAUAUAUACUGGACUGAAGCUACAAAUUAUGAAAGGUGCAUUGCAUUUUUUAAAGUAUUAUUUAUUUUAAAAGCAUUCUAAUGAGACAGUGUAAAAUAUCUUUGUAAUGUUUUGUUUCCCUCUCAUAGGUUUCUUUGUUUCAUAGUUUUCUAAGAGUCUGUUUCCCUUCAUUUUUAUAUGCUAAGUGAAAGGAGUAUGUUGCAGUCACUGAGAAGAAGCUCACCUUCAUUUUUUUUAUUAAAACUUGUAUGCACUGAUAUCUCUAAAGGGAAAAAUUUCCUAGGGAUGGCAGUGCUGAGAGCAAAAUAUUCCCAUACUGUGUUACCUGGUGCACAUGCAAAACUAAAUUUCAGGGUAAAAUUGAUAACUGUGCCAUAAGGUGUUAUUUCUUUGUUUUGUGUAUGAGUUUUCAGCAGCAUACAAUAGAAUUGCCUCUUCGUACUUGCAUAUUUCAUGCACUGCGUAGUUUUUGUGUAGUAUCAAAUCUUGUAUUGCUUAUGUGUCCCCAUCACCAUUUUAAUUUUUUAGCCCCUGAAAUAAGCGAUUGUUUCUAACUUUAUUCUUGCUGGUAAGGCAAGAAAAAAACUAAAAUUUUAUUAAGUUGUAUUUUUACAUUAUUUUAGUUCUAUUUCCAUACUACCAUUGUAGGUCUUUGUACCCAAUGAUUUUCCCCCAGAUCAUACCUUGAUUUUUCAGGUUUAGGAAGUGUACCUAAACUGGUUAGUUUGCUAUAUUACUGUGGUAAACUUCAUGACUUUUGUUUGAUUGCAUCAGUUUUGUACUAAUGAAGUCUGCAAAUUGAUAAGCACUUGAUGUUAUUACAUUUCCACAUAAUGUAUUCAUUCUCUAAAACAGAUUCAUGCAAUAUUUGUGUUCAGCUCAGAAGGAUUGCCAUCUAGUGUUUGACCUGUCGGUCUGAACAAGAUCAACAAGGUCCUAAAGAAAUGUGGUUGACAGUUUUCUGAGGUAGAUAAUCAUUUAAUGUUUUGUUGUUUGGGUAAUCUCAUUCUUCCAAAA